AUGAGUGACAACAAUGCCUCAAAUUCACAAGAGCAAAGCUGUAGGAAAACCAGCCGUGCUCUCUCAUCGGCAGAUCGAAAUUCUUUCGCGAAGGCAAGAGAACGGGCUGAGACGCUGGCUGCCCUAAUCGAUGUUCCGAAGAAUUUAAAUGGCGUCAAGCAGCCCACACCCACCAAUAUCAGUGACGAAGAACACCACUCCAGACUAGGGGAGCACGCUGCCGCCCUCUGGAGGUACAAUAAAAUCACUGACGUAACUGUACGUUUGCGAGGAGUGGCAUACCCUGCGCACAAGACAGUGUUGUCCUGCUAUUCCAGGUACUUCAAGAAUUUGCUUUUGGAAAGCAAAGGGUCGCCUUCUAUUAUUGACUUGGAACUUGAAUCUGUCACCAACGAAGCCUUUUCCGUUCUUUUGCAGUACAUGUACACUGCUAAUUUGAACUUGACAUGCCAGAAUAUUGGAGAAGUGUACACAGCAUCUAGGAAGCUCGGAAUAGAAGGAGCACAACAUCUCUGUACGGAAAUUCUGACUGGCAAAACUAAACGUGAAGUUUAUCCAGUCUACAUCUACGUGACUGCUCGAAAACUGUGUUUGGACGAUGCUGCAAAGAGGGCUCUGAAGACAAUGACAGAACGAUUCGAACACAUUGUGGGAACCAUCGAAUUUUUGGAUCUCUCUUGCGACCAAGUUAUCGAGUACUUGAGUGCAGACAUACUGGCUACCAGAAGUGAAGUCAUCGUCUAUCUGGCGGCACUGAAAUGGUUGAGCGUUCGUUACUUGGAGCGCGAGAAACAUGCCACCGAUGUUAUUAGCUGCGUCCGGUUUCCUUCCAUGACCUUAAAUGAGAUCCUGGCCUGCUACUCACCACCAUUAUUGCCCGGCAUUACAGAGAUUCCCGAAGUCAGAGAUUUGCUUUUGAAAUCCACAUGUUAUGUGGCCUCGAAAACAGUUAAUGAGGAGAAGCGAUUCAAACAAUAUUCUUGUCCUCCUAGACAGUAUCUCAUAGAACGAGAGGCAACGAUACUAUGGGACACGAAUAUCUUCGACGCCGAGCGACACGCCCUCUACGCAGAAGAGAUGGCAGCUAAGACCAUCCAGGCAGCUUACAGGGGCUACCAGGUUCGCAAAAGCAUCCACGAGGCAGACUCGGCGGCCCGUACCAUCCAAAAAGCCUAUAGAAUGUACUCGCAGAAAAGUCAUCUUUCGGAAGAAUCCUCAGAAGAAAGAGAAGCAUCAUAUAUCGGGCAGCCAGACAACGGAGUUCCAUUUACGGAAAGAUUCCGAAAAUCUGUUGUGGGCAUAUUUAGACGGGCUAUCGGAGUCGACGAAGAACAAGACGAGUCUAGGAUGGAAGAUGAAGAGCACGACGAGAAGCAGCCAAAGCGGAAAGUGUCUUCAACCGACCGAUUGGGUUUUAUGAACUUCAAGAGAAGAGGAAGCUCAAGUGGAUCAUCGAGAGAAAGUGUCAGUUCUUUGAGCGGACAAGUUCCACAGAAGAGGAACAGUCUGGAUGUUCUCUCUGCCAAACGCACUGCCAGGAAAGCUACUAAGCAAUACCCAUCCGAUGUCGGCAUAGCAGAGGACGCCUCAUUGAAACGGUCCCAAACAGUUCAUCGAAUCCAAGUCUAUCCAACAGAUGAAAAGGAGAACGGGCUCCAGGUUUCAGAAUUCAAGCGAUCGAAGAGUUACUCUCCUCGUCCAUCCUUAACUGAUGAUGACAUCCUUUACCGUGCCAUUAUCGUAACCGGAGGUUUCAACUCCCAAAGUGUUGAAGAUGAUAAUUCCGGUUGCGGCAUGUACUUGUACGAUCCAGCUCUUAACGAAUGGAAAAGCAUAGGACAAAUGAAGAACCCUCGACAUCAUCACUGUAUGGUUUACUUGAAUGGAUUUCUAUAUUGCAUUGGCGGCUGCGAUCCGAAGAAUACGCAAAACGGGAAAAUGGUUCCAACACAGUCUUGCUUCAGGUACGAUAUAGUCAACAAGAAGUGGCAGGGCGUGGCUCCCAUGAAACGAUGCCGAAUGUAUCAUGGUGUUGCUAUCGUCAAGGACAAGAUCUACAUCGUAGGCGGCAAAGACGAGACUGAUAG